UAGACAUUUUAAUGUCAUUUCCUAAGUCACCAGUACCAACGCAUUUGCUGUAAGAUGCAGAAACAACUGACAACAAUAAACAAGACUACAGCUGAUCCAGUCCUGACCCUGACGCAGGAUUUCAAACAAAAAUGUCGACAUUCUCUUUUUCUCCCACAGAUGCUGUUCAAAUUCUUCCAGCGGGUCGCUUGCUACGACAAACCGCAGCCGCCGAGUAACUGAAACGAAAGUAGAAAAGGCUGGUAAUACUCAGCACGUCGGGCAGCAACUGUGGAGGGAUACAUUUUCUGUGGAAAGACGUGGAGGUCUCAGAGGCUCGCCGCCGCCGUAUUCACUGAAGUGACAAUAGAGCUGCAGCCCCACGGGCCACAUAUGCGCACAGAGGAUUUAGGAUGAAUUUGCAGGCAGCGACUGCCCCUCAGCUCCCAGACUAGCUGCCAUCGGCCUCCGCCGGGCCUGACUGGCGCACGGGAAGAAUGACGUAAUGUAACCCACCCGACCCUCUCGCAGUCACUUCCGGUGCCGCCAUUUUCUCAUUCUCUAAUGUGAACCGAGUGCAGGUUACAGCGGGGGUAGGGAGAAACCCGUUAAUCGGCGCUGGUGGAAUUGACGCGGAGCGGAGGGAGCCAUUAGACAGCGCGGAACAUGUCGGACUUCGACAGCAAUCCUUUCGCGGAUCCAGAAUUCAACAAUCCUUUCAAGGAUCCAUCAGUUACACAAGUGACAAGAAAUCCUCCUCCAGCAUUAGAGGAAUACAAUCCUUUCACAGAUGGGCGCAAACCACCGCCAGGAAAUGUUGAAAAGCCUCCAAUGCCCAGUACACAGCCAGCAAUCAUGAAACCUACAGAGGAGCCUCCCACAUAUGCUUCACGGACACAGGAAACUGCUGCAGCCCAGGCUGAGUUGUUGAGACGGCAGGAAGAACUAGAGCAAAAAGCAGCAGAACUUGAUCGGCGGGAGCGUGAAAUGAAAAAUCUCAGCUAUGAUCCUCGGAAGAACAAUUGGCCUCCGCUUCCUGAAAAAUGUCCUGUGGGGCCAUGUUUCUAUCAAGAUCUCUCUGUAGAUAUCCCUGUUGAAUUUCAAAAGACAGUCAAGAUGCUCUACUACUUAUGGAUGUUUCAUGCAGUAACACUUCUGGUAAAUAUUUUUGGUUGUCUUGCCUGGUUCUGUGUUGAUAGCUAUCGAGGCGUGGACUUUGGUCUGUCCAUUCUCUGGUUCUUACUUUUUACCCCCUGUUCGUUUGUUUGCUGGUACAGACCACUUUACAAAGCUUUCAGGAGUGACAGUUCCUUCAGCUUCUUUUUAUUCUUCUUCGUAUUUAUCUGUCAGUUUGCUGUCCAUGUUCUACAGUCAGUAGGAAUUCCACAGUGGGGGAACUGUGGUUGGAUUUCAGCACUAACAGCUCUAAAUAGAAGUAUUCCUGUCGGUGUUCUGAUGAUGAUUAUUGCAGCAGCUUUUACUGGUUCAUCUGUUGUCUCAUUAAUUAUGUUUAAAAAGGUGCAUGGAAUGUAUCGUACUACAGGAGCUAGCUUUGAAAAAGCUCAGCAAGAGUUUGCAACAGGAGUAAUGUCUAACAAAACUGUACAAACUGCUGCAGCAAAUGCAGCCUCUUCUGCUGCUCGUGGUGCUUUCAAAGGCAACCAAAUUUAAAGGAGGAAGGGAAGCACUCCAUCUCUUCAAACACAUUUCACCUAAUCCAUGUACCACUCCAGUCAUUACAGCCACACUGAUAUCUAUGAACAUGAUCUCGUCAUAACUUCAGCAUGAACCUUUAUAUGGGGAAAAAGUUUAAAAAAAACAACUUCACAUAGCCCUUGAAUUAGGUUUCGGAUGGGCUAAAAGAUGAGAAACUGUACUUGCUUGACAGAAAUGUUCUUUUUUAAUUGCUUUUUAUUUUCCAUAGAUAUUUUGGAUCAUUCAUACUCAUCUGUUUCCCUCCUUUGUUAGCUAAGCUGUAAAUAGCAUGUUUCACUGUCUCCUUAAUAUUGUAUUUCUGAAUUACUGGAGAAUCUUGCGUCUUCUGUGUUACACUGGAUUGCUGUCUAAUUUGCACGCAACUUUGUGAUUUGAAGAAUUGUUUGUACUACCAGUGUACAUUUGGAUUGGAUUUUUUGUGUGAAGCAUCAUCUGUAGCUACACUAAAAAACACACACUUCCAAGUCGAUGCUCAACUACUUUUAACCAUGUUUAAUUGUUUGCAAAUUUUCUCUUUACUCUCCUACAUUGUCUAUUAACUAAAAAUGCCAUUCAUCAUUCUAUACGUUGGUUGGUUUACUGUUUCUAUUGUAAUUGAAUACAAAACUGUAACUAUGAAUCCUAAAUUGUUGGAGUAUGAGCUUUGUAGAAAAGUGUAAUUUGAUAUUGUCAAAUACAAGUGGAGUGAAUUUAUGGAAUGUCUUCUGGAAAUUGAACUGCAAUAAUUAAGUAUGUUGUGCCUUCAACUAAUACAAAUUAACAGUGCAAAACCAAUUCCUGCCAUAAAAAUUUUUGAGAAAUUUCAAUUCUACUUGUGAAAAUGGUUGUACUUGCCCAUUUUAAUCGGAUUUAUAAAAUCAACCAUUGGCAUGUUCAAUAGUGUUUUGGACUCCUGCUGGGCAUUUUGUUUCGUUGGAUCAUAUGUAGGGAAAAGUAUUUUAUUUCCACUUAAAAUAAUUGCUUUAAUUAGAUUUCUGAAGGCAGUGUGAAUAGAAGAGAAUAAAAUGGUUGAAUUGACAGCUUUUUAAAAUGACAAAGUAAAGCAACGGAUUGUACUACUGUUAAAUGUUACAGUCUUGUUGAUCAAUGAGAUCAUUUCUUGCCUUCAUGAUGGACGUUAUGAUUGGCUCUUGAUUAUGUGUCUUACCCUUUUGCAGGACUAAUUUUCAAGUGGUGAUAGAUAUUCUUGUCACUAGUGGACUUUUUUUUUAACCGCUGUGCUGUUUCCUAAAAUCAGCAAUACCACUGAAGAAAUUCCUGCUUCUAUGAUGGGCCUGAAGAAAAAAGUACUUUUAGUUUUGAAGAAUGGAUACUGUAUUAUAUGGCUGAGUUUGCUAAAGUAAAUGCAGUUUCUGAAAGUGAAAUUGUAUAGUUAUUUUGUGUGUACAGAAUUCUUUAAGUUAAUUUAAAUUUCAAUCUGAAGGGCUCAUCAGAUUUUGAAAAACUAGACUUAGUCAGCUAAUCUAAUUGUAGAAGUGUUUGUAAAUUACAGACACUUCUGUACUGUAUUUGCAAUCCUAUUUAUUACAGCAGAAUGUUACAGAUAUUCAUGAAAUGUGGAUCCCUCUUUGUUUUCCAGCUUAUUUGACUCUGAAGAGCUAUUGAAGUGUGCAGUUUAGGUUUUUUUCUCGUGUGUAUGUUAGCUUGACUUUUAGUUAAAAUUAAUGGUAAAUCAUUUGUUUUAUUUCACUUGUACAUCAACAUUUUUUAAUUUGUUGUAUAAAUUGAAUUUUGAGGGAUAAUGCAUACAAUUGAUUUUGAAGGCAGUUAAAACAAUUUCUUCUAGAAUCUCUAAGCAUAAUAUACAUUAGAAUGUACAUUGUCUAUAUUAUGAUAUAGUGUUGAAAUAGGUUGUUUCAAUUGUGUGUACAAGUACCAUAAAAUUACCACUAUUUCAUUGCCCAUGACUGUUAAUUAAUACUUUUGAACCAGUCAAGAGAAAGCAGUAGGUUUUGUUUAUCCCACAGGUGGAGCGUGACAUUUGAUGCAACCAAGCGCACUCUGAGGCUCUUGGCCACUUUACCAUCAAUUCAUUAGAGGGCACAGUGAGAAUUUAUUGAGAAGUCAUGCUUACCCAUGAAUGAGUUGAAAUGAAUAUAGGAUGUUAAUCGCAAAUUUUAAUAACCCCCCCCCAGCUUAGAAAAAAAUACAAUUGUAAUAAGCAUUUCUUCACGAAAUCUUUAACCAAACAGCAAUUUAAAAUAUUUCUAAAAAUGUGAAUGAAAUACUGAUUUGUACAAUAGUUAAGGCUGACUAUGAAUGUGUGAAUGGAAUGCUUUUUAAUAGUUAUCAUUAUGACCAAAUAUCUUUGGAUGGAAUCAAUGCAUACAAAUGGUAAGUAACAAAUUGUUCUGUUACUUAUACUUUUAAGUGUUACAAGGGGCACUGAAGGAAAUAUCAUCCUUUGUUUUUAAUGUAAUUAGUAAUGUUGCUAUAUUUUCUACUUGUUCAGUACUGUGAUAGACCUUACCUAAUUUGUAAAAUUGUGCAAAAUGCAAUAUUUGCUUAUAAGCUUUUGGGUAUGCAAGACUCAAAUUUCAAUGAUAUUUCUUGCAUUGAAGUGAACAGAGAGAGUAACUCAAGGCAGCCUAAUCAUCCCACACCAUUGUAUAUGAUUGUGGAAUGUUGACUCAGUGUAGAUUUGGACUCUAAGGUAUUUUGGUGGUGAAAAUUUAAGUGUGUGCAUCCUCUGGGUAGCUAGUGUCUUAAAUUAAUUGGCUUUGUUAAAGAAGGUAGUUACUGAUAUGAAAAAUUUGAAAAUCUAUUUCUCUGUUAAUUGCAGCAUGUUGAUUUGUAUACUUUUAGGAAUUUUGGUGGCUUAUAUUUGUAGCCUUGUCUUUGGAAAAAUGUGCAAGAUCUGAAAGAAGAAACAGAUGAUGACGGAGCAUUCCUAUUUUUCUGUUUGAAAGGAGGUGAUUUAUUUGAUUACAGAGUAAACAUGAACUAUAUUUCGCUUAAUAAGAAAUGGAGAAAUGUUCAAGAUCUGUAUAUCCUUUUUACCUGAAAAAAAAAAGUCAAUCAGGAGAGGGGCUUAAUUGGAUUUAUAGACUCUUGUGGUAAUAUAUGUGAGCCCUAGCUGUCUAUCAGCAGCUCAUAGUUGUAGUUGAAUCAUCUGAUGUGACAUGGAGCUGUACCAAAUAACUUGUAAUUGGGAGCACAUGGAUCAAAAAUUGAUAAUGCUGAGAAACUGCAGCAACUGUUGUUAAUCUAGAUUUCAGACAUGUGUUUCCUUUUGCUUGUUAGGGUAGAAAGAGAAUAACUGUGCACUUAGAAACACGCAUAUUUCUUUCAUAGUGUCUGUAUGCUCCCUUCAGGCUUUAAAGUUGCACGGACGUGGAACAUUCCCAAGAGUUUGUCAAGAAAUAAGUUAAGGAGCUGACACUAAAAGGAUGACACUGAAUAAAGCAGAUCUAAAUGAACAGGCUAACGUGGCUUGCAGUUAGACAUGAAAGAAUAGAAUUAUCUAUUGAAAAAAUUGUGAUCAAAGCAGAAGGCUGAAAGGCAAAUAGAAGUUGAGAAGUAUGAAAGGACAGCUUUUGAAGGCACUGCAUAGAUUUGGAGGACAACUUUAACAGGAUGUAAAUUGUAUGGAUUCAAAAUAAAAAUUGCACCAUCCGAUGUGCUGUGAAACCAUGCACAAGGACAAAGAGUCAAUCCUUAAUCUUAGUUUGCUGAAGUCAACAGGGUAACAAAAUUGAAAAUUUAAGAAACAGCUGAUGCUGAAAAUCUGAAGCAAAACUGGCAAAUGUUGGAAACACUUAGCAACUCAGGCAGCAGCUGUAGAAAGAGGUAGUACUUCACAUUGGAAACCUGUUGUCAAACUGAAAAUUUAAUUCUUUGAUGAAAGUGCCUGUUAUGUGGAAAUGAGGAAAGACCUGAUGAUAUUUAAGUUUGCUUUGUGCCUUUGGAUGCAUUCUAAACUUAUGUGGAAAAUAAUUAUUUGGGCAAAUCAGCCGAAAAACUUCUGAUUCCCAGAAAUUUGUAUGGGUCCAGAGAAGAAACUUUUUUAAAAAAGCCUUGUGUAGCAAAAAUACCUAAGGAGAAAAAUAAAAGCUGGAUGACAGCCCUUCCACUUGAAGUGCUACAAUGACAAAUUUAUCCCUCAGUUUUAUUUGAUAAAAAUAGAAUUACAGGCUAGGACAUUUGUUGACAUUGUUAUGUGUGUCUUACUUUGGGCAUUGAGGAAUAGUGUGUAACAAAAUAUCAAAGAACAAUUGCAUUUGUAUCACUGAACUAUUUAAAAUUUUCUUCAAAGUUUCUAAAUUAUCAUGUUAUAAUGGGAUCUAUUUUGAUUUAUCUGAAAAGUAAUGGGAACUCAUUAAGCCCUCUGAAAACUUGUACAGUAAAAAUGAAGAAAGACUUUGAACAGACUUGAUUUUUGGAAUUAAGUGUUUAAAAAUGUUGGGCAUUUGCCAGGAGGAUCAUUUGUCACACCCCACUUUCAUUGGAACAAACUGAUACAUAAUGUUUUUUCUUGUUCCAUCUAGUUGACAGUAUGAAUGAGCAAAUUUAUUUUGCCUGGAAAUUUUUUAACCUCACUUCAAGCAGAUUGGCCUUUCUACAAAUGGAAGUGGUACAGAAUGUCACAUUUACUUAUUCAAUUAGGCAUGGUAUCUCGAGUGCAAUGAAUCUACAGUUCUCUGGCUUGUGAAAAAGCUGCGAAAUUAAUUUUUGCAACAAAACAAAAAUAUUGUUAUGUGGGAUUUUGUUUUUUUUUCUUGUUACUGUGCUUCAGUUGGCUAAUUUUUUCCCCUGGAUCCUGCAUUGCCAUUUUGUUUUUCUAUUUUAUACUUUGAAAAGUUCCAUACGGUGUGUGAAGAAAAAGAAUUUCAGGAUGCAUAUUGUAUACAUUUCUCUGACAUUAUAUGUACCUAUUGAACAACAACUAGACAACCAGAUUGGAGAGGGCCACGUUCAGUUUUAAAAUCUGAUAUGAAUGCUGGCCAUUUUUAUUUUGAUUGAAAAUCUCUGGCUUAGUUGAAUGCUGGGAUUUGACGGUUAAAGGCUGAUUGGAAAUUUACAAACUGAUACAUAUGCGGCCAAAGUUUUGCAAUUCUGAUGAAAUAUUCUUUUCCAGGAUGUAGGACUUUUAGAAAAAAACUGGAUGUAGGUUUUCUAUAAGGGUAAAAACAAAUGGACCAAGCGGAUGUUUUCAUUCAAGCCAAUCUUGUGAAAUUUUUCCAAAUUGCCAUUACCAUGGCACUAAUAACAUUUUUUAAAGUCUGUCGACUCAAGUGCAAUGAAAUAAAGCAAUAUUUGACCAAGAAAUUUUGCAAAAUCAUGUAUUUCUGGUCUAAUUUGGCAGAAUGUAUAAAUUUUUGCACAAUUGCUAACUUUUUCAAAAUGCAUUGUUUUACCUUCUUUAUAUUAACUGAUCAUAUUAUGAUUUGUAAAGUUAAGCAUCAAUAGCAUUUUUUCCAAAAUAAUGUAAUGUUCAUACUUCUAUAGUAGCCUGUUAAGCCUAAUUUUCUUUAAUGGACUUGAAAUGCUGACAUGAAUAUUUUAAGUAUUAAGUCCACAAUCAUUUUGCAUUGAUUUGGAUUUAUUAAAAUCACAGGUAUUUAUUUGUAUAUUUUGUAAAUUGCAUUCUGCCAUUGUUUGGAGUUGCAGUACACUGUAUAAAUGCGCUUUCCACCCUAUAAUAAAAACAAACCUCUGAAGAAUGGUUCUAAGUUUUUUUUGGUG